AUGGAGUCUCGCUCUGUUGCCCAGGCUGAGUGCAGUGGUGCCAUCUCACCUCACUGCAACCUCCACCUCCUGGGUUCAGGCAAUUUUCCUGCCUUAGCCACCUGAGUAGCUGGGAUUACAGGAACACUCCACCACGCCCAGCUAAUUUUUUGUAUUUUUAGUAGACACAGGGUUUCGCCAUGUUGGCAAGGCUGGUCUCAAACUCCUGAACUCAAGUGAUCUACCUGCCUCGGCUUCCCAAAGUGCUGGGAUUACAGGCGUGAGCCAUCGCGCCUGGUCUUAAUUUUUUAAAAUUUUAGUAGACAAAGCCACAGACCCAAGCAUGUCGGAACAGGAUUGGUCAGCUAUCCAGAAUUUCUGUGAGCAGGUGAACACUGACCCCAAUGGCCCCACACAGGCGCCCUGGCUACUGGCCCACAAGAUCCAGUCUCCGCAAGAGAAGGAAGCUCUUUAUGCCUUAACGGUGCUGGAGAUGUGCAUGAACCACUGUGGGGAGAAGUUCCACAGCGAGGUGGCCAAAUUUCGUUUCCUGAACGAACUGAUCAAAGUGUUGUCCCCAAAGUACCUGGGGUCCUGGGCCACAGGAAAAGUUAAAGGAAGAGUCAUUGAAAUACUCUUUAGUUGGACAGUCUGGUUUCCGGAAGACAUCAAGAUUCGAGACGCUUAUCAGAUGCUGAAGAAACAAGGAAUUAUAAAACAAGACCCUAAACUACCAGUGGAUAAAAUCUUACCCCCACCAUCUCCCUGGCCCAAGAGCUCCAUCUUUGAUGCUGAUGAAGAAAAGUCCAAGCUUCUGACAAGGCUUCUAAAGAGCAACCACCCCGAGGACCUUCAGGCUGCAAACCGGUUAAUCAAGAAUUUGGUCAAGGAGGAACAAGAAAAAUCGGAGAAGGUGUCCAAGAGGGUCAGUGCGGUGGAGGAAGUGCGAAGCCAUGUGAAGGUGCUGCAGGAGAUGCUGAGCAUGUACCGCAGGCCAGGGCAGGCCCCGCCCAACCAGGAGGCCCUGCAGGUGGUGUAUGAGAGGUGUGAAAAGCUGCGGCCCACGCUGUUCCGGUUGGCGAGUGACACCACUGAUGACGAUGAUGCACUCGCGGAAAUUCUCCAGGCAAAUGACCUCCUCACCCAAGGAGUUCUGCUGUACAAACAGGUGAUGGAGGGCCGGGUCACCUUUGGAAACAGAGUGACCAGCUCAUUGGGAGACAUCCCUGUCUCCAGAGUCUUUCAGAAUCCAGCAGGCUGCAUGAAGACCUGCCCCCUGAUUGACUUGGAGGUGGACAACGGACCUGCGCAGACGGGGACUGUGGUGCCAUCUUUGCUUCAUCAGGACCUGGCAGCCUUGGGAAUCAGUGAUGCUCCUGUUACAGGCACGGUUUCUGGUCAGAAUUGCUGUGAGGAAAAGAGGAAUCCCUCCUCCAGCACGCUGCCAGGCGGUGGUGUUCAGAACCCUUCUGCAGACAGGAAUUUGCUGGACCUCCUCUCACCACAGCCAGCUCCGUGCCCUCUGAAUUAUGUUUCGCAGAAAAGUGUCCCCAAGGAAGUGCCACCAGGUACUAAGUCCUCUCCAGGUUGGUCCUGGGAGGCUGGCCCGUUGGCUCCUUCCCCAUCUUCACAGAAUACACCUCUGGCUCAAGUGUUUGUCCCUUUGGAGUCUGUUAAGCCCAGCAGCCUGCCGCCUCUCAUUGUGUAUGACCGGAAUGGAUUCAGAAUUCUGCUCCACUUCUCCCAGACGGGAGCCCCUGGGCACCCAGAGGUACAGGUGCUGCUCUUGACCAUGAUGAGCACGGCUCCCCAGCCUGUCUGGGAUAUCAUGUUUCAAGUGGCUGUGCCAAAGUCAAUGAGAGUGAAGCUGCAGCCGGCAUCCAGCUCCAAGCUUCCUGCAUUCAGUCCUUUGAUGCCUCCAGCUGUGAUAUCUCAGAUGCUGCUGCUUGACAAUCCACACAAAGAACCUAUCCGCUUACGGUACAAGCUGACAUUCAACCAAGGUGGACAGCCUUUCAGCGAAGUAGGAGAAGUGAAAGACUUUCCAGACCUGGCUGUCUUGGGCGCAGCCUAACUUUUCACAAGAUGGACCCUUCAUUUCAAGCUUAGGCUGGCGUUACUUUUGCUGUCUAGUCAGGACUAAUCACGGUGUUUCAGUGCAGAGUGCCAAGAGUCCUAUCCUGACGUCAGGCUCUGGGUGUCAACCUCUGACUUAUUCUGCAGAUGCUGUGUGUGUGUGUGUGUGUGUGUGUGUGUGUGUGUGUGUGUGUGUGUGUGUGUGUUUCGGGGAGAGGGUGGUAGCACAGGGCUUGGGAUAUCAGCUGUGUGUGUGUGUGUGUGUGUGUGUGUGUGUGUUCGGGGAGAGGGUGGUAGCACAGGGCUUGGGAUAUUGGCAGUGUGGGAAAUGCGAAGCAUUUCUCAUCAUCAUCAUCUCUGCUACAGUCAUGUUUCUGCAUGUCAGCGAGCGACACUGUCCCUGCCUCAGGUUGGAGGUUUUAUCAGCCAAAGUGUUUUUUUCAUGUAUCGUUCGUUCCAUUCAUCCACUCUGUGCCUUGUCAGCCUUUGAAAGGCUUGGUUGCUCCCAGGCUGCUGUUCUCAGGGACCUUAAAAGGGACCUGGUUAGUCUUGGGGCAGAGAGUAUCUACUUGGGCACUCUCUUCCAAGAAAGACCUUGUCUCCAUUUUCAUUAGACAAUGCUUCUUGUGUGUGUUCUGGAAGAUCUAAAUGGAAUGCUUGUUGCACUGUUCCCAGGCGAGUGGCUGCCAUGAGACCUGAGGACCACACUUGGGGGACCAAUCAUGUCCUUCACCACUGUGCCUUAGAAUCGCCCCUGGACAGAGCUCCUGGGCAGAGGGGAAAGCAGCUCCCAGGCCUUACUCAGGCCUCAGGUCCAUGGGUUGGGCAGCCAGUCUGGGCCCUUCUCAGGAUCCUCAUCUCCAUCCUCAUCCUCUUCCUUCACAGCAUUUACUUGGAGCUCUUUGUGACACACCAUGUCAGUCAUGGUGAAUCGGCCAACAGCCAGCCCUUGCCAGCUGACGUCACAGUCUAAGAUGGGAAACUGUGGUACAGAUAGACAUGAAGAGAGCUUAGCAGUGAUUGAGGUGGUGACUAAAUAUACAGUCAUUGAAUAAAUACCAUGUAGCAAAUGUACUUUGUGGAGUGUUGAGUAAGUGGAAAAUGGAAAGCCAGUUGCAUUUAGAGAUGAUAGGCCUAAAGGGAACUGUCUUCUGUCGAGAAGUAAAGGAAACUUCAUGAAGGAUGUAGAAGCUUAGCUGCCUCAGUGAAGAGAGAACCUGAAGAUCUGAGGCAAGCUGGACAGGAGAGGUGGAUAUUUGUUGAUGGAAGAAUUCAAGUUUAUAAUCAAUUCCCACUUAGCACCUACUGUGUGCUAGGAACUUGAAUGUGUAUGUUUGACAAGUCCUGCUUGGCCUGAUGGGUGGGAGAAGGAACCUGAGCCUGGCUGAGAUGGCUAGGCGGAGGGCUUUGAAGUCCAAGCAGCUGAACUGGCUGGGUGGGUUUCUACCUUUGAAACUGCAAGACUUGUUUGGAGCUCUUAAUUACAAUAUCUGAUAUUUUUACA